AUGAAUUGUGUCUGGGGAUCUUCCGAUAUCAGCAUUCUCCCGUCAAAUGUUGAUAGUGGAAAUGAAGGAGGCGUCAGACCUCUUCCCGCUUGUCAGACUAUUUACAGUCAACUGAUAUAUCCUCGUGUGGUGAGGAACAUUAGUGUGAUUGAGCUAUUUCCGUUACGUGUUCGUAUUGAAGUGGAAAUGAAAACAUCCGAGUCGGGGACUUUCACGGUCGACGGGCUCGUAUGUCAACGAGGUUUCACUGCGCGUACUGCCGAUGCUGUUUGUCGAUCCCUGCGUAAAAAGCAGGUAUCGUUCGAGACAAAAAUUGACUGGAAAGAAACUCCAACGACUGGUUGCCAUUUCCAAUGGGCUGGAGAUACAACAUCAGUACCAUGUAAAUUUCUAUUGGACACUUUGGUUUGUCCUGCUGGAGCCAGCGAUUUGAAUAGUUGCACUUAUUUGCCUCUCUACAGCAGCCAAUACUGUACACAGACUAUGCAUGUUGGAGUUGUAUGCACAUAAUUUGUUUUCUGCUCUACUGAAUAAAUACAGAAGAAUAGAACAUCUGUUUACUUAAGUGGUAAUGAACGGUAAUUCAUGGGAGAUUCUCGUUUAUUCUCUGGUUCGUUGAGUACAAAACAUUUUAUUUGAUAAUAAAACAUUAUCAAUGACUUUGUCUGAAGCAUUUGAUAAAAUAUUAAAUAUAAGUUCAUAUGAUUUAACAGUAAUUCUAUGUUUAGUUAUUUAUGUACAAAAUGGUCAUAAAUUAUCAAAUCAAUACUAAUUGAACUAUUAAACUAAUUGAAAGUUUCGAUUUGAAACAUUCGAAAAUCAAGUAAUACAAAAUAGAAAUAAUGAUAAAAAAUAAAAAUGGUAAGGAUAGACGUUUAAAUAUAAUUGAAACAUUCCCAUAUUCUAUACAAAAUACCAAUNAUACAAAAUACCAAUUGAUGGUAAAUUACCAAUUGAUGGCAAGAAAAAACGUUUUUUGAAAAAUACGUUGAGCUACAUUUCAUCCGAUGUAGGUAUUGAUUGUAGGGGUGGCACAUUUUCUUUACUGAUGCGUUACUUUACUGAGUAAAGCAACGCUUUCAAAUAUCACCGUAUGAGUGACGAACAACCGAAAAUGUAUUGUUUUAUCACCUUCCGGACACAAUGCGACUAAAGCGUUACUAUAUUAUGCGUUACUAGUAACGAGUAACGUAUGCGUUAUUGCGUUACUGGUAAUGAGUAACGCACGCGUUAUUGCGUUACUGGUAACGAGUAACGCAUGCGUUAUUGCGUUACUGCGUUACUAGAAAAGUAACGCAAAAAAGCGUUAAAGUAACGCAAGUAACGCUGCGUUACUCGUUACAAAAGCUAUGAAAAAUAAACGCAU